AUGGCACCAUCGAAGAAGCCCGUAAAGAAGAUGUCAUCGCUAAAGCUAUUGAUGGUCAAAUUGAAGCAGAUUGAGGCUGCGUUCAACGAUGUCUAUCGAUUCAGUAGGGGGAUUCAGGAGACUACAUCCCUCACACAGAUUCUUCUUCGGCUGGAGAAAAUUGACGAUCUUUGGGAAAGGUACGGAGCUACUUUGGUGGAAAUUCAAUCCCACGAAGAUUUCGACGAGGAGGAUGUAGACGACGAGGGUGAAGGCGAUUCUCUUAAUAAAAAUAGGCAGGAAUUUAGUGAUCGCUACUAUGAGGUUAAGGCAGUUUUAACAGACCAGGUUAGGGAAAGACAGGAACCAGCUACAUUGAACCAAUCUGUACUAGGUGAUCCUCCAGCCCCAGCUGCACUCGAACGUGUACGCCUUCCGCAGAUUCAAUUGCCAGCCUUUAAUGGGGAGAUAGACGAAUGGUUAAGUUUUAGGGAUCUGUUCACUUCCUUGAUUCAUUGGAAGACAGAUUUACCCGACGUAGAAAAGUUGCACUAUUUAAAGGGCUGUCUGCAAGGAGAACCUACAACCUUGAUCGAUUCUCUUCAGAUCACUGCGGCCAACUAUCAGGUCGCAUGGGGAAUGCUGACCAAACGCUAUAACAACAGCAAAUUGUUGAAGAAGCGGCAAAUCCAGUCUCUUUUGAAGCUACCCGUUCUCGCCAAGGAAUCUGCCUCGGAGCUACACCUUUUAGUUGAAGGUUUUGAAAAAAUCGUGCAAAUUUUGGACCAAAUCGUACAACCGGGCGACUACAAAGACUUGUUGCUGGUGAAUCUGCUGUCGUCGCGUCUAGAUCCAUGUACUCGUCGUAGUUGGGAAGAGUUCUCUUCAACUAAAGAAAAGGAUACACUGAAGGAGCUUACCGAAUUCCUUCAACGACGCGUCCGCGUCCUAGAAUCCUUACCUUUCAAGGCUGCAGAUUGCACGAAAUCAAUCCAUCAACCCGCAUCCAGGCAGAAGGUAUCUGCUGUAAAGAAUAGCUUCAGUACCGUGCAAGUGUCCGGGGGACGCUGUCCAGCUUGCACUGGAACUCAUCCUCUGUUCCAGUGCGGCACUUUCCAACGAAUGUCGGUGGCGGAUAAGGAUUCGUUACUACGGUCGCAUUCGUUGUGCAGGAACUGUUUCAGGCAAGGACAUCAAGCCAAGGAAUGUCAGUCCAAGUAUUCCUGCAGAAACUGUAAGGGUAGACAUCACACACAGGUCUGUUUUAAAUCGGAAAGGGAUUCUAACCCAAGGCCAUCAUCCAAGCAACGGGGUACCAACAUGGCAAAAGGAACCCCAGAACCCACUCCAUCGACAUCUGGCUCCACUUCACCCCAAGUAGCUAACCUGGCGGCUACGGACAGCUUGGUGGCAGGCACAAUUCACCAAUGCUCGUCGAAGGUUUUGCUGGCAACAGCAAUUGUCGUUGUUCAGGAUGACGAAGGCAAAAGGAUCCCUGCUCGUGCUCUCCUCGAUUCGGGAUCAGAGAGUAAUUUCAUUACCGAGCAUCUCAGCCAGCGGCUGAAUGUCUUUCGGAGUAAGGUUGAUAUUUCGGUUCACGGCAUUGGUCUGGCAGCAACCAAAGUGAACCAACGGAUUGUGGCUACGAUUCGCUCUCGUCUUUCGGAGUUCUCUCGCCAGAUGGGCUUUCUGGUACUUCCGAAGGUAACAAGCAAUCUUCCUACUGCUAACGUCAACAUCGCUGGUUGGACAAUACCUAAAGGAGUCGAGCUCGCCGAUCCAUCGUUUUGUGUGUCAUCAGGGGUGGAUCUCGUUCUUGGAGUUGAAGCAUUUUUUGACUAUUUCAACUCUGGCAGGAAAAUCGAACUUGGAGCGAAACAUCCAGCAUUACAUGACUCCGUAUUUGGUUGGAUUGUCAGUGGAGGAUUCUCCGAAGAUAUUCAAGGUUUGCAAAGCAGCUGUAACAUCGCAACUACAGAUCGAUUAGAACAUCUACUAACUCGAUUCUGGGCCAUGGAGGAAGCAGAAUCCACGAAUAGCUAUUCCCCCGAAGAAUCUCGCUGUGAAGCCAUCUUCUCGAAAACAGUUCAACGCAGAUCCGAUGGCCGCUAUUCCGUAGCACUUCCCAAGAACGAAAAUGCCAUUUCCAGGUUGGGAGAAUCCAAGGAGAUCGCAUUUCGGCGGUUUCUGAGCACCGAACGAAGGCUUAUCAAGGAUACUAGUCUUCGGAAGCAGUACAUAAGGUUUAUGGAGGAGUACCUGCAGUUAGGUCAUAUGCGAAAGGUUGAAGAGGAUCCAAAACCCACUAAACGAUGUUUUCUCCCCUUUUCUCCGGUGGUCAAAGAGGCCAGCACCACCACUAAGGUCCGCGUGGUGUUCGACGCCUCCUGUAAGACUGCUUCGGGAUUGGCGUUGAAUGAGGUAUUGCUGGUAGGGCCAGUAAUUCAACAGUCUCUCCGAUCAAUCAUCCUUCGUAGUUGCAUGAAACAGAUUCUCUUGGUGGCGGACGUUGAGAAGAUGUUCCGGCAGAUACUUGUGCACCCUGAGGAUAGGCCAUUCCAAUCUAUUCUCUGGCGUCCGUCUCCUUUGGAGGAGGUAUGUGUGUACGAGCUGAACACCGUAACCUACGGAACGAAACCGGCCUCGUUCUUGGCAACUCGUACACUGACUCAACUGGCCAUGGAUGAAGGAGAACGGUACCCGCUGGCGGCGCAGGCAAUUACAGAGGACACGUACAUGGACGACGUCAUCACCGGCUGCGAUAACUUGGAGGAUGCCAAGAAGAUACAGCAGCAACUAGACGAGAUGACAAAAUCCGGUGGUUUUCAGCUUAGGAAAUGGGCGUCAAAUUGUGCUGAGGUCCUGAAGAGUAUCCCGGACGACAAUCGUGCAAUUCGUCUGGCGGAAGGCAUAAAUCUCGAUCCAGAUCCAUCGGUGAAAGCAUUGGGUCUAACUUGGUUACCCGGAAAGGACGUAUUCCGCUUUCAAUUCGACGUUCCACCGGUCGAGUCAGUUGAAACAUUGACAAAACGGAAGAUUUUAUCGAUCAUCGCUACUUUGUUUGACCCGUUAGGGUUCAUAGGCGCUACUUCGAUCGCUGCAAAGGUGUUUAUGCAGCUACUUUGGACGACCCUAGACGAAAGAGGUCAAAGGUUGGACUGGGACCAGCCACUACCUCCGACGGUGGGUGAGUCCUGGAGGAAAUUUCACGUUCAACUGCCAAUUCUCAACGAAAUCCGGAUAGAGCGAUGCGUAAUCAUUCCCAACGUGGUGGAUGUGCAGAUCCACUGUUUCUCUGAUGCAUCGCAGAAGGCUUACGGCGCAUGCCUAUAUAUUCGCAGCCAAGCUGUGGACGGAAACGUGAAGGUUCAGCUGUUAUCCUCGAACUCUAAGGUUUCCCCUCUUAAACCUCAAACAAUUCCUCGUUUAGAACUCAGCGGAGCGUUGAUCGCUGCUCAGCUCUUCGAAAAGGUGCGGCAAGCAACUAACCUUCAAGUUCGAACAACAUUUUGGGUAGAUUCUUCGUGUGCUCUACGGUGGAUUCAGGCUUCACCUUCUACGUGGUCCACAUUUGUCGCAAAUAGGGUUGCGAAAAUCCAGGAGCUCACGGAAGGCUGUGUUUGGAGGCACGUAGCUGGUGUUGAAAACCCAGCAGAUUUAGUUUCGAGAGGUAUAGGACCAAAGGACAUCGUUAACAACGGUUUCUGGUGGCACGGACCGAGCUGGUUAGCUAAAGAGCGAAGUUAUUGGCCAAAUUCAAAUCCUGAUCUAAAAGAAGAAGGCGAGGAGGAAAGAAGACGUACUGCAGUUGUCGUUACAGCAUCAGCAGUGGCAGAUUUCAACGAAGUUUUCAUUUCCACAACGAAUUCCUACACUACGUUAAUUCGCCGCGUAGCUAUUUGGCAGCGGUUGAUACGAUCGCUUCAAACACCGGAGGAUCGUCCAAAUGGGUUCUUGCGAGCAGAUGAGCUACGGCAAGCAGAAUGUACGCUGAUACGGAAGGUUCAAGAAGAGGUAUUUCCGGACGAACUACUGGCGGUUCGGAAAAAGGAAUCAGUCAAAGCCAAGACAAGUGCAGCAGUUCAUGGGAGAGCUGCCGUCAUCGAGAGUCACGGUUUCGCGUCCGUUUUCUAA